GGCGUGGCCUUCUCUUCAAAGGCGGGGCGGGGCGGGCCAGAGCCCUAAGGCGGCGGAGGCGGCCGGGCCGGGCGGGACCCCCCACGAUGUUCCCGGCAGGCAGCAGCCCUGCCCCGGACCAGGAGCCUCUGCUGGAGGAUGCCGUGCGGAGCGGGUACAGCCUGCAGAAGCCCAGGGACCGCUGGCACGGCGCCUACCUGAUAUUCUUCCUCCUGGGCAUCGGCUCCCUCCUGCCCUGGAAUUUCUUCAUCACGGCCAAGCACUACUGGAGGUACAAGCUGCAGAACUGCUCGGAUGAGCCCGGCCCGGCGGGGCAGGCGGCCUCGGACCUGCGGGACUAUUUUGAGAGCUACAUCUCCAUUGCCUCCACCAUACCCUCAGUGCUGUGCCUGAUUGGAAACUUCUUGCUUGUCAACAAGGUUGCUGCCAGCGUGCGGAUCCUGUCAUCCCUGUUUGUCAUGCUGGCUGUGUUCCUGGUGAUCACCGUGCUGGUCAAGGUGGACACCUCCACCUGGACCACGCCUUUCUUCACCCUCACCGUGGGCUGCGUGGCCGUGGUCAGCAGUGCCUCCACCGUCUUCUCCAGCAGCAUCUUCGGCCUCAGCAGCUGCUUCCCCAUGAGGAACCUGCAGGCCCUGCUCUCAGGCCAGGCCAUGGGUGGCACCAUCAGCGCCGUGGCCUCCGUGAUAGACCUGGCAGCGGCGGCCGACGUCACCGACAGCGCCCUGGCCUAUUUCCUCACUGCCGACAUCUUCAUCGUCAUCUGCAUCGUGGUGUACCUGCUGCUGCCCCGGCUGGAGUACUCCAGGUAUUACCUGAGCAGCCAGAAGGAGAGCCCCUCUCUGGUCACUGUGCCCCCUGACGGCUCCGUGGAGGACCAGGCAGAGCCAGGAGGCCCCAGGAGCUCCUCCUCCUUCCUCACAAGGAGUGCUGGCAUCCCCCCGCUCCGCCCCAUCCUGCACAAGACUGCCCUCCUCGGCUUCUGCCUCUUCUACGUCUUCUUCAUCUCCAUCAUCAUCUUCCCUUCCCUCUCCUCCAACAUCGAGUCAGUCAGCAAAGCCUCGGGCAGCCCCUGGAGCACCAAGUACUUCACGCCCCUCACCUGUUUCCUGCUGUACAACUUUGCUGACUGGUGUGGCAGGCAGGUCACUGCCUGGAUCCAGGUGCCAGGCCCCAAGAGCAAGCUGCUGCCUGCCCUGGUCCUCCUCAGAACCAUCUUCCUCCCUCUCUUCAUCCUCAGCAACUACCAGCCGCGGGCUCACGUCCGGACCGUGCUGUUCGACAGGGACAUCUACCCCGUGCUGUUCACAGCCCUGCUGGGGCUCAGCAACGGCUACCUGGGCACUCUGGUCAUGGUCUAUGGCCCCAAGAUUGUGCCCAAGGAGCUGGCCGAGGCAGCAGGGGUGGUCAUGUCCUUCUACCUGGUACUGGGGCUGGCUCUGGGCUCUGCCUGCGCUGUGUUCGUGGUGCACCUCGUGUAGAGGGGGCAGCCAGGGAGGGGGGAUACCCUCAGCUUGUGGUGCUGCUCUUGGGGGUUUGGGGUUUGGAGGCAGCCUGCCUGUCUGGGCAGGGGGGUAGCUGCAUCCAGGGGGGAUGCAGAGGGAAUAUUUCCCUUCUGGGAAGGGGUAUCUCCUGUGCUUGGGAAGGUUCUGUCAGACACUGUCACUCCCCAGUUAAAUGGAGCAGGGACCAAAACAGCCUCAUCCUCCCCAGGAUGCUCAGGGACACCAUCCCUUACCCGUGUGCCAGUGGCUUUAAACUGAACCCAGGGCUUUUGGGGCCACCUUGGGUCUUGGUGCUGCACUGUUGUGAGUUCAGCCCUUCAGGGGUUGGUGGUCUUAGGGAGGGCUCACCCCUCACUCAGCUGUGAUAGUGGUGUUGAACUAAAAGGGAUUUGAGCCCUGGAGCACCUGCUCACAACUUAGGGAACAAAUAGCAGCUGCCCCAGGGAUUGGGGCACAUUUUUGCACAGAUUUCAUACAAUCAUUGCACAAAAAUAAUUUUUAUAUGUAUAUAAAAGGGAAAAUGGUCCACUUGGAGUUUUUCUUGCUUUAAUUUUUUCCACAUAAAAUUGAACUGAGGGCUCAUCUACCUCCCAGCAUGGUGCCACUAGUGCUGGGGACUAUUCCAUGGGCAAGCUGAGAGGAACAUUGUUCUUGCUGUGACUGUGGUGUGACCCCAAGGCAAGUGAAAUGCUGAGUGGGCCUAACCUGAGUUUUUUAGUGUGUCUUCAGUCUGUGCUCUCUGUGAAAGCCAGGAGGAGGUAGGAGAGAGGCCCUGGUAUGAGGUUCACAGCAGAAAUCUGCCUAAUUCCUGUAGACAGGCACCAUAUGGCCUCCAGAUGUUCUCAAAGGGGUGAGCUACUGUGACACCCAAAAAUAUGGCCCACCCAAAGACAACUGGCUUUUAAAGCCAUUUAAACUCCCAUAUGCCAGCACAGCCUGGACUAAAUCCGAUUGCUGUGUUUAUUUUCUCAAAUGGGCUGGAUUUAUGCUCUGCGAGAGGUGAAGUGAUCUAAAGGCAGAGCUUGGCAGUGCAGUGAUGCUCAGGGGUGCUGGCUGUGGAAAUGGAUUCCUUGGGUUAGGAGCAGGUGCUCCAUUCCUGGGUGCUCUCUCAGCACCUGCUGCCUGCCCAGGGAGAGCUGGAGCUGCUGGAUGUGGGAGAGCAGCAGGAUCCAUGCUGGUCACUGCCCCAGGGCUGAGGUUGGAGUGCUGGGAGCCCCUCCUGGGGCCAGAGCUCCCAUCCCCUCCCUGCUGCUGGAACAAUGCAGCACUUGGUCAAAAAGCCCAACCCAGCCUGGUGCUGGCAACCAGAAAUUCCCUUUGUGGUCUUUGGUGAGCCUGUCUUCACCCCGUGCAUUUCACCCCAGUCCAAGGAACGAUGAGAUUUGGCUUGGUGUUUUACUGCUUUGCAUCUCUGCUCCUCCUUUCCUUGUUACAGCCCAAAUUCCUCUGCAGGGAGAGCUCAACUAUCUGGUACUGUUGCUAAUAAAGAGAAUUCCUGAUCCUGUGCAACUGCUGGUGUCUGGAAUGAUUUCUCUUGGAGGUGCACUGAUGCAUGCAGUUCCAGCUUGCAGUUUUCCUUGUGGCCAUCCCUCUCUCCCAGCUUGGAUUGUGAACUCAGAGAGAUCCCUGACAAGGAGCCCUGAGAUCACUGCCUGGAGAGCAUUCCUGUGGCAGGGGGAGUGAGCAAAAAGGGGAUUUAUCCUCUGGUUUUGGUGGUGUGCAGCUGAGGAAGGUUAAUAAGUGAGGAGGAAAAUCAAUGCA